AUGACUGGCCUUACCAAGGAGCGCGGUGUGCGUAUUGCUAUUGACCGCGGAGGGACUUUUACGGAUUGUGUUGGAGAACAAAACGGCGAAGAAAUCAUCAUCAAACUUCUCUCUGAGGAUCCGGCGAAUUAUAAAGAUGCCCCGCUUGAAGGCAUCCGGCGCAUCAUGAGCCAUUUUCUUAGGCGAGACAUUCCUCGUGGUGAACCCUUGGAUACGUCAAAGAUUGACUCCAUCCGUAUGGGGACAACUGUCGCUACAAAUGCCUUGUUGGAACGAAAAGGAGAGAAAAUUGCCAUGGUUGUCACAAAGGGGUUCAGAGAUUGCUUGGUCAUUGGAAACCAGUCGAGGCCCAAGAUCUUUGAUUUGGCAAUCAAGAAGCCUGAUGUGCUGUACGAAAAGGUUAUUGAAAUUGAUGAGCGUGUGACGCUGGAAGACUACACGGAAGACCCAGAUCGCAAAGUCACUGAAACGGAAGCCCACGUUGGGACCGGUACAGAAGGACAGUCGCUUAUCCGAGGCACAUCUGGCGAGACUGUUCGUAUUCUCAAGAGGGCUGAGGAUAGCGAAGUCCGCCAGAAGCUACAGGAGGUGUACGAUGAGGGUAUUAGAAGCAUUGCUGUCUGCUUGAUGCAUGGAUAUACGUUCCCGAGCCACGAAGCUCAAGUCGGCCGCAUCGCCAAGGAUAUCGGAUUCAAACAUAUUUCAUUAAGUCAUGAGCUGAUGCCCAUGGUGAAGCUCGUCUCAAGAGCUACUUCUGUUUGCGCAGAUGCUUAUUUAACGCCAGCCAUAAGGCGAUACAUCGACGGCUUCCAAGAAGGGUUCGAAGGUGGAUUGGGAACACAAAGCGUCAAAGAAGAAAAGGGCUCCAGGGGCGCCAGAUGCGAGUUCAUGCAGUCAGACGGCGGUCUGGUUGAUGUUGAUAAGUUCACCGGGUUGAAAGCAAUUCUAUCUGGGCCAGCUGGAGGUGUUGUUGGUUACGCUAUAACAUCGUAUGACGAGGAUACAAAGAUACCCGUAAUCGGUUUUGACAUGGGAGGGACAAGUACGGAUGUUUCACGUUAUGGCGAAGGCAGGUAUGAGCACGUAUUUGAGACUACCACAGCAGGCGUAACAAUUCAGUCGCCUCAGCUAGAUAUCAACACCGUGGCAGCUGGGGGCGGAUCAAGACUGUUCUUUCGCAAUGGACUCUUUGUAGUCGGGCCAGAAUCUGCAGGUGCUCACCCUGGUCCGGCUUGCUACCGUAAAGGUGGUCCCGCCACUGUAACUGACGCCAACUUACACCUCGGUCGUUUGCUGCCCGAGUUCUUUCCGAAGAUUUUUGGAAAGAAUGAGGACCAAGGUUUGGAUGAAGAGGCAAGCAGGAAGGUUCUUCAGGGACUUACAGACCAGGUGAACCGAGAAACCGGGAAAAGUUUGAGCAUCGAUGAAGUAGCGUACGGAUUUCUGACAGUUGCCAAUGAAACCAUGACAAGGCCGAUUCGGUCUAUUACGGAAGCCAAGGGCCACGACUCAUCAAAACACCGUCUGGCAACAUUUGGCGGUGCCGGUGGCCAGCAUGCUGUUGCCAUAGCUGAUUCCUUGGGAAUCAGUCAAAUUCUCGUGCAUCGCUAUUCCUCGGUCCUCUCAGCUUACGGCAUGGCUCUCGCGGAUGUAGUCGACGAGCGCCAAGAGCCUGAUUCUGCCGUCUGGCAAGAUGACGGCAAGACUGUCAGCGAACUACAAGCGAAAAUGGAGAAACUGAAGGAAAAAUCCCGGGCCUCUCUAAAAGACCAGGGCUUCGGUGAGAAUGAGAUUGUUUUCGAAGAAUAUCUCAAUAUGCGAUACAGGGGUACUGAAUCUGCUCUGAUGAUUGUCAAGCCCACUGACGAGGAAGCCAAGCAGCUUUUCGAUGGCAAAGGUUGGCAGUUUGGUCAAGCAUUUGCCAGGCACCACAGAUACGAAUUCGGAUUUACCUUGGAUGACAGAGACAUAAUUAUUGAUGAUGUUCGAGUCCGUGGCAUCGGCAAGAGUUUCCGUCACAAAGAAAAGACAGUUGAUCAGCAGCUGAAGACUAUCAAACGCCAGGACGUAGCGGAAGAUAAAAAGAGGAGCACAAAAGAGGUGUAUUUUGAGGGUGGACGAAAGCAGACCCCUGUAUACAAGUUGGAGAGUCUGGAUGUCGGGGACGUCAUAAAGGGUCCAGCUAUGCUCGCGGAUGGUACGCAGACUAUUGUGGUACCGCCCAAAACAAAUGCGCUGGUCACGGAAACUCACGUCAUCUUGGACAAUGAGAAAGGAGGGGGCGAGGAAGGAUACCACCGAGAAAACACUGACCGGGAAGUCGACCCCAUCAUGCUAAGUAUCUUUGGCCACAGAUUCAUGGCCAUUGCCGAACAGAUGGGCCGGGCCCUGCAGAAGACCAGUGUCAGCACCAAUGUUAAAGAACGCCUCGACUUCUCCUGCGCCAUCUUCGACUCUACAGGCGGACUCGUCGCAAACGCGCCCCAUCUACCCGUCCAUCUCGGCUCCAUGUCAACCUGUGUCCGGCGACAAGCCGAGAUCUGGAAAGGCAGGCUCGAAAAGGGGGACGUUAUUAUAUCCAACCAUCCUUCAUAUGGAGGCACACAUCUCCCAGAUGUCACCUUGAUUAUGCCCGCCUUCGACGAGACCGGCAAAAACAUCCUCUUUUACGCGGCAUCCCGCGCACAUCACGCCGACAUUGGAGGCAUCACAGCCGGCAGCAUGCCCCCCCACUCCCGCGAACUAUACCAGGAGGGUGCUUCCAUUAUCAGCGAAAAGCUCGUAAGCGGUGGUAAAUUUGAUGAGAAGAGAGUCAUCGAGCUCUUUUACGACGAGCCAGCCCAGUAUCCCGGCUGUAGCGGCACCCGGACACUUGCUGACAACAUCAACGACCUCAGGGCCCAAGUAUCAGCCAACCAAAAGGGAAUUUCCCUCAUCGAAAGCCUCAUUAAAGAGUAUGGAGAACCCACCGUCCAGUUUUACAUGGUCAAUAUUCAAAGGAACGCCGAGCUCUGCGUGCGCAACCUCCUCAAGGACAUCUACAAACGAUUCAAAGGCAAAAAUCUUGAGGCCGUCGACUACAUGGAUGAAGGAACGCCCAUCAGGCUCAAGAUUACUAUCGACCCGGACAAAGGCAGCGCCGACUUUGAUUUUGCAGGCACAGGACCCCAGGUAUACGGCAAUGUCAACGCCCCGCAAGCCAUCACCUACAGCGCCAUCAUAUACUGUCUCAGGUGCCUAAUAUCUGAAGACAUCCCCCUGAACCAAGGCUGCCUCCGCCCCAUCAACGUCAACAUCCCGCCAAAAUCCAUCCUGUCCCCCGCCCCCGGCGCGGCCGUCGUAGGCGGCAACGUGCUUACCAGCCAGCGCAUCACAGACGUCAUCUUCAAAGCGUUUGAGGCUUGCGCUGCCAGCCAAGGCUGCUGCAACAACCUUACGUUUGGAUUCGGCGGCAACGUGUCCGGGUUAAAGGCCGUACGGGGCUUCGGAUACUACGAGACUAUUGCGGGGGGAAGCGGCGCCGGCCCCGACUGGGUCGGCACAUCUGGCGUUCACGUUCACAUGACGAAUACCCGAAUCACAGACUCGGAGAUUUUCGAGCGCAGAUAUCCCGUGCUAUUGCGCGAGUUUUCAAUUCGCAAGGGUUCGGGGGGCAACGGCCAGCACCGUGGCGGCGACGGCGUCAUCCGGGAUAUCGAAUUCCGGAUUCCCCUGCAGGUAUCCAUCCUCAGCGAACGGCGCGUAUACCGCCCGUAUGGCAUGAAUGGCGGAGAGGACGGCGAGUGCGGACUGAACCUGUGGGUUCGCAACGUCGAAAAGACAAACUGGGAGAAGUCGCUCAAGCAGUUCCGGGAACCGCAUUCCAACGACGAGACGGAGGAAGCCGAGUACGAAGAACGCUACAUCAACAUGGGUGCCAAGAACAGCGCGGCGAUGAAGGCUGGCGAUCGGAUCAUCGUAUGCACACCAGGUGGCGGCGGCUGGGGGAUGCCUGGGCAGAAGAGCCGCGUCAGGGAUCAGGUGGACCACACCGAGAGCUGGAAGAAGGGCAGCGGUGCGGCUAGAGAAGAUACGGCCCUACAGACGUAA